GGUGAGUGAAGUGUAAAGAUGAAUAGAUUAGUGAAAGUAUCAUUGAUAAUAAACGUUUUAUAAAUAGUAGAAUCAUCAUUAAUUAAGCAUUACUAUCAUAAUUGCUUAUUACAGUGUAUGGUACUAAACACAGAUGGAUUCUUUUUCCAUAGCUAAUUUAAUUGAUACACAUUCAGAAAGAAUAAAUGAUCAAGAUCAUUUUAAUAAAGGAUCAGAACAAACACUGGAUAAUACUUCUGUAUUAAAUACAUUUUUAAGUUUAACUUCAUUAUCAUCUAAGAACAAUAACAAUCAUAAUAAUGUAUCACAUUUGGAAUCUAAAUUAAUCAAUUCAUCAAAGGAUAUUUCAUUGAUGGAUAAUGAACAAAUACUAUUCGGGAAUAUGUUAGAAUCUAAAUAUGAAUUUUUACCACAGAAUAUCAAUGAAUUGAAGAGUUCAAAACAGUCAAUUUCUAAGUUAACUAGUAACGAUAAUGAUGUUAAUAACAGUUUUAAAACAACUACAAUACAACAACCAUUAUUAUCACAUUUCAUCUCCUUCAAAUCAAUUCCUGAUAUUCUGUUGCAAAAUUCAAAUGUAAAUCAUUUAUAUAAACAACAAGAUAAAUCUAUUAUAGUAAACAAUACAAAUCAUUGUACAUUGAAUUAUUGUAACAAUGAACACUUGGACAUUGAUCAUAUGAAUGAGAAUAGUUGUAAUACAGAUUUAAAUAGGAAGGAAAAAUAUACGAUGCAUAAUUUAAAUUGUAAAGACAUCAAUAAUAAUAAUAAUAAUAAUAAUAAUAAUAAUAAUAAUGGUUAUUUAACUGAAUUAAUGAAAAAAUUAGAAGCCUAUGGAUUAUUAUAUUCAAUUUACAAGAGUAAUAAAGACAUAUCAUUGAAUACAAAUUGUUCAUCAUGUAGCAAUUCUAUGACGACGGUAACUCCUACACAGUGUGGAAUUAAUGCAUUACCUAAUAAUAAUGAUGCUGAUGAGAAACGUGCAAAUUCUCUUGACAAUAAUAAUAGCAGUAAUAAUAAUGGUCAUAUAGUAAAUGAGUUAAACAAUCAAGUCUAUUUUAAUAUAAACUCAAUUAAAGACUAUUUACCAUUUGUACCGAUGACGGUAGCUGGAUCAACAGUGGUGACAACACAAACAACAACAGUAGGGGGAGUUAAAAAUAAGGCAUUAACAUCUAGAAUUACAUCAAUACGGUCAUCAUCACCACCACCACCAACAACAACAAGAACGUCAACAUCAACAACUGGCAUUAAUCGACGGAAACGUACCAGAGCAGCUUUUUCACAUGGACAAGUUUAUGAAUUAGAAAAACGAUUUAAUUAUCAACGUUAUUUAUCGGCUACAGAAAGAGCUGAAUUAGCUAGAUCAUUGAGGUUAUCUGAAACUCAAGUGAAAAUUUGGUUUCAAAAUAGACGAUAUAAAACUAAAAAACGAUUGAUCAGUCGAAUAUUAAAUCCAUCAAAUCAUAGUUCAGAUGAUUCCAUUCAAAAUGAAACUCAUUUAGAUGAAUUCAAUGUUUUAAAUUCAACAUCUCUUGAACAUUCAAAAUAUUCCAUUUUUGAAAUGAAUUCACCUGUGCAAUAUUAUUCAGAUCAUCAACAUCAAAGGCAAAGAACACAACAACAUGAUGGACAAGGUCACAUCAAUGAUGAUAUAAAGAAUAUAUUUAAUUUUAUUGAAAUACCACAUUUAAUUUCAAAAAUGCCUCCAUCAGAAUUACUAGGUAACUUUGAUUCAGUAAUUUCAAAUCGAAAUCGAAAUCGUCAGUAUCAUCAUCAACAACACUACCGCAAUCAUCGUCAUGAUCAUUAUAGUAAGUUGAAUAGUCAAUCUGCUCAAAUGAAUGAAACUGUCAAACCAUUGAAAUCAUCACAGUAUAUGCAUCAUUUUUUAAAACUUGGCAAUGAAAUCAAAUUUCCAAAUUUAAAACAUUCAAUGUCAUCAAGUUUAGAAGAAGAUAAUGAUGAAGCAAAAGGAACACGUCCUAUUGAUUUCAAUCAUCAUGAUAACAUUUCGCUUACUUCAAAUCUAUUUAAUUGUAUGAAUAAUUCAGAGCUGUCACAUCAUCAUCGUCAUCAUCAUAAUCUUCAGUCUUCAGUAGCUAAAUAAAACGGAACAUAAUAUUUGAAACUAUAGGCAAUAAUUAUGAAUAUUAUUUACUGAAUUUAUUAGUAAUAUCGUAAUUAUCAUAGCGAAUUUACAUAAUAUAUACUACUUAUUAUUAAACAUAGUAGUAAAGCUUAUCAAAUAACACUUCAUUGCUAAUUAUUUUAUGUAUAUAUGAAUGUAC